GAGCCCGGCGAGUGGGAGAGCUCCGCCGAGGAGCGGCGAGCAGACACCGCAGCCCGAGUCCGUGCGGGGGCCGAGCCGGCCACUGCUUGCCGGGGUCCUGGGUGACCCUCUCCCGCGGCUACUCCCGUCGCUUCGAGUGGCGAAGGAGACGCGGUUGCCCCCGGCACAGCUGGGAGAGCGCCCCUGGCCGCGGGGGACCGCCGGGGCUGCGGGGACGCCAUAGGUGUGCGCCUCACGAGGCGGCGGCUCGGUGCGCGGCGACCCGCGGCUCGUCGAGGGAGCGCCCGGCGCGCGCCACCAUGAGGGCGCGGCCGCGGCUCUGCGAGGUGCUGCUCUGCGCCCUGGCCUUCCACACCGGAGUCUGCUACGGCAUCAAGUGGCUGGCACUGUCCAAGACCCCCGCUGCUCUCGCACUGAACCAGACACAGCACUGCAAGCAGCUGGAGGGCCUGGUGUCAGCACAGGUGCAGCUGUGCCGCAGCAACCUGGAGCUCAUGCACACGGUGGUGCAUGCUGCCCGAGAGGUCAUGAAGGCCUGUCGCAGAGCCUUUGCAGACAUGCGCUGGAACUGCUCCUCCAUCGAGCUUGCCCCUAACUACCUGCUUGACCUGGAGAGAGGGACCCGGGAGUCGGCCUUCGUGUAUGCGCUGUCGGCCGCUGCCAUCAGCCACGCCAUCGCCCGGGCCUGCACCUCCGGCGACCUACCUGGCUGCUCCUGCGGGCCCGUCCCAGGUGAGCCACCCGGGCCCGGGAACCGCUGGGGAGGAUGUGCGGACAACCUCAGCUACGGGCUCCUCAUGGGGGCCAAGUUUUCCGAUGCUCCUAUGAAGGUGAAAAAAACAGGAUCCCAAGCCAAUAAACUGAUGCGGCUACACAACAGUGAAGUGGGGAGACAGGCUCUGCGCGCCUCCCUGGAAAUGAAGUGUAAGUGCCAUGGGGUGUCAGGCUCCUGCUCCAUCCGCACUUGCUGGAAAGGGCUACAGGAGCUUCGGGAUGUGGCUGCUGACCUCAAAACUCGCUACCUGUCCGCCACCAAGGUCGUUCACCGGCCCAUGGGCACACGCAAGCACCUGGUGCCCAAGGACCUAGACAUCCGGCCAGUGAAGGACUCGGAGCUCGUCUACCUGCAGAGCUCACCUGACUUCUGCAUGAGGAACGAGAAGGUGGGCUCCCACGGCACACAGGACAGGCAGUGCAACAAGACAUCGCAUGGCAGCGACAGCUGUGACCUCAUGUGCUGUGGACGCGGCUACAACCCCUACACGGACCAAGUAGUGGAGCGGUGCCACUGCAAGUACCACUGGUGCUGCUACGUCACCUGCCGCCGGUGUGAGCGCACAGUGGAGCGCUAUGUCUGCAAGUGAGGCCCUGCACAGUUCAGACUCCUCCCGGGAGCCCAGAGGGGCCUGGAGACACCCUGUGGGUUUGUGCUCAUGAAUUCCUGCUGCCAGGCAUGGGAAGUGACUUGGCCUGUGCUGAGCAGCCACCUGAACAGCAAGCCCUGGCCACCUCGUGAGGACAUCAAAGGAGCCCGACCGGAGUAAAAAUAACCUGGCAGCCUAAAGCCCCGCAGUGCCCUCGAACUGCCUGCUAGGCUGGUCUUAAGAUGCCAAGGGCAUGGAUUUGGCAAGGCUGGUGUGGACUUGACCUUUCUCUGCUGGAGAAACCAGCCUCCCGGGAAGGGGGGCCUGUCUGCUUCCCUCAGAUGUUCUGCAGGCCCAGCCUGAGAGACCCUAGGCCAUCUCCCCAGGGAGGGGGGGGUGCUUGCUGAGCCCACCACACGGAACCACUAGCUUGGCUUGUACAUGUUCUUGUGUUUUGCUUCUUUCUUCCUUUGGGACAUGGGAGCUAAUAUUUAUAAAAACAUAGCUUUUUCUUUGGGGUGGCUAACCUCAAUUCCUCUUUAUAUAUUUUAUAUAUAUAAAUAUAUAUAUAUAUAAUGAUCUAUAUUUUAAACAGGUUUUUUAAAUAGCCGUAUGAAAUAAAUGCUGAGAGAACCCA